UAAAUCAGAAAGACGAAGCAACCGGAAGUUGUUUCUUCUUUCGGAUCUCCUCUUGGUUUACCCCAAGAAAGGAAUAACGGACCUCCAUUGCAUUACUGCAUGAAAAAGGACGGUACUCUCCAUAAGAACUAUGUCUUUGGAAGAGAUUCAGUCCUUGUGGGAAGUGCCGUGUAUUGCGCAUUUCUGCUCCCUGUUUAGAUCGGCAUUCGACCUUCCAGACUUUGAUAUUGAGGACUUGGAGGAAGCUCUGGUAGACUCGUCAAAGGAGGAAAAUGUCUUCUUUUUGACAGAUUUAAUGUGUAAAAUCUUGAGGGGAUACUAUGGCAGAGAUGACAUUGAAACAUAUAAUUGUGAGGUUUUCCUCAAAGACACGUUGAAAUACAACUGGGAAAUGCUAGAAAAAAGGGAGGAAAACCCCCUUGCUAAUGCAGAAUUCAAAGAUCUUCCCCUGAGGACUAAAGUAGAGAUACUACAAUGUCUGUGUGAUUAUAGACUGGAUGCAGCUGAUAUUUUGGAUCAACUGAAGGGAUUUGAUGGCGAUAAUAUGAGAAUAGAACCUCUUGGAAAAGAUGCUGUUGGAGCGAAAUACUGGUACUUCUACGGAAGUCGCCUCUACAAAGAAGACCCAGAGCCAGAAGAGAUUAAACAAAAAAGUAAGAAAAAAGAGAAGAAAACCAAGGGAGAAAAUAAAAAGAAGAAAAAACAAACUAAAAAAGAGGAAACUGUGAAAACUUCCAGAGGACGAAAAGUAAAGAAAGUUAUUAAAGAGGAGGAAAGUAGUGAGGAGAAUGAAGAAGAGGAAGAAGAGGAUACAGAGGGGUCAGAUUCAGCCUCAGAGGAUGAUGUCAGUUUGUCCCAGCUGUCCACUAGAUCCACACCCAGGGGCAGGAAGAAAACAAAAAAUGAUGAAAACAAAACACCUGGCAGGCAGAAAGGAAGAGUGGCAGAAUUAAAAGACAGUGAGGAAACUCCAGUGCGGAGAAGUAGCAGAGGAAGAAUUAUUACGAAAAAAGGACCAAUGUACAGCGACAGUGAACCAAGCCCAGCUCCAAAAAAGAAUAUCAAGAACAGAUUAACCACGCCCACCAAUUCUGGUAGGAGGAGCACACGCAGAUCUGCUGCCGCAGUAGAAAAAGAGGCCAACAGUGAUUCAGGAAUUGAGGAGGAAAAUGAGGGUGAUAGCAUUACCCCAAGAUCCUCAAGGAGGAAUUCUUUGUCAAGCAUGAAUGACACUAACACACCUCGAUCUCGAAGUGGAAGGAAACAGACAUUGGUUUCAAGGGAAGGUACUCCUGAAAUGCCACCAAUAGUACAAAGGGGAAGACCUCGUAAGAAAAACAGCAACAACAAUGCGUCCACUCCAUUGAAAUCAUCAUCCCGACUUUCCUCUCGCUGUAACUCUGAGGACAGCAUGGCUCAGACUGAGGCUAGUGUAGCUCCUUCUGAGGACAGCAUGGCGCAAGCAGAGGACAGCAUGGUCCAGGCAGAGGACAUGGCCCAGGGUGAAGACAGCACACCACAAACUGAGGAGCCCAUGGUUCAGGAUGAGGACACUUCAGACAGGGCACUUAAGACACUUGAAAAGGAUCCUGAAACAGCAAACAGUCUGUCAGCUGAUUUACAGAACGGAGAUGACAGCAAUGAAAACAAAUGCAGUAAAGAAGAAAAUAGUCAAGAUAAACUGGAAAUCAAGGAAGACACUGAAGAUCCUGCUGCUGAAGAGAAAUCAGAGGGCAAAGAGGAGAUAGAAAAGAAGGAGAAGAGUAUUCCUCAAGAAAAUGGGGAAAAUGAACCAGAAAGCACAGAGAUUGAAAAGGAAAAUGGAGAGGAGGAGGAGGCAGAUGAACAAGAUGAAGAUAAGGAUGACACUAGGUCAGAGUUCAUGGAGGAUAUCAAGGAGGAGACAACUCUGGAUGGUGAAGAUAUAAAGGAGAUUCCAAGGAAACUGCGAGCUCGAGCCACGGCUGACAGCAACAGUCACGUCAGUGAAGGGACUGAUAAAAUGACUCCAAAGAUGGAGGUCACUGAGAAAAAAGAACGCCAGCCCUACCCAAAGAGACCACUGAAUCCAAAUGUUCGCUGGCACCUGAUCUGUGUGGAUAUGGAUGACUGGGAAGGGUUAGCGGAGUCGCUGAAGGAUAGCAAGGUCAAAUGUGAGCGUGACCUUUAUAAAUGUAUUGUGGAGGACUUCUUACCGGCUAUUCCUGACAUCAUUGAGGCCAGGGUAAAAUUGUGGUCCUGCAAGAGUUCACAGAGAUUCUGUGUAGAUUACAUACAAUUAUAGCAGCGGGAUGGAAGUCCGUACGCAGAUAAUUCCCGGACUAUUCAUGGCCUAGGUGCGAGACAGAGUUUAAUCUAAAGGGCCAAGAGAUUAGAGUUGAGGGAACAGAGGGCUGCCUACCUGGCGGAGGGGAAGGAGAUCCCCCCAGAGCUGAUGUAUGUUGCCAAUACAGGUCACAGCAAAUACGUGGACGAUCAUGACAGUUACACUAACAGAAUAGAAUUAGAUGAAGAAGUUGUGGAAGAGAUGAACAAAGUGUUGGAAAUGGUGAAAGCCCAUAAAGAUGCCUGGCCAUUUGAGGAGCCUGUCACAGAAGAAGAUGCACCUGGUUACCAUGACAUCAUUAAGAGACCCAUGGACUUGUCCACCAUCGAGAAGAAGCUGACAAACAGAGCCUACAGAAGCAAGAACAGAUUUGUCCAGGACCUGAACUUAAUGCUGGACAAUUGUCGACAGUUCAAUGGGGAAAAUAGUGGUGGGUAUUACCUUCAUAUCUUUGAUACCACACUAUUCAUCCGGAGACAAAAAUUUGAUAAUCUCACUAUGGAUGAUGAUGAUGACUCCAGAAGCAGUAGUCCUAAGCUGGUCAGAGUAAACAAGAACCGCCUCAUCCCAGAGCUGUCCUCAACCGUUAACCUCAGAGAACUGAUCAAAAGGCCUCUGAUUAUCAAUCCUAACUCAAACAGCAAAUUAGAAUGGGACCCAGAGAAAAAAGUUGUUCGAUUAAAUGGACAGAGUCCCUUAGGUCCACAGUUUGUAACCCGUGGGGAAAAUCCACAGUUUAUAGCAAAAGAGGAAACCAAGAAGUUCUCCCCGUACCAGGUGAAAUCAGGGACGAAGAACAAUUGUUUUAUCAUGGACCAGUCAGGGAACCUUCAACAUACUAUUGUACACAAUGGGAAAACCUUCAUCUUUCAACAGAGGCCUACUAAAGUGUCGACUAAAACCACUACACCUGGCACACCUCAGAGAAGUCUCCUGUCAGCUGUGUCUACAGCCCAGAAAACACCAGAAAAGACACAAGGUCAGUCUGAAAUCCUGGCCGGUCAUGGACAGAGUGGGGGCACCAUGAAGGUCAAUCUCCCCAUCACCCAAUCAGCCUUGACCCCAGGGAACCAGUUUGUGGUGCAGACCCCACAGGGACCCAAAACCAUACGUAUUGUCUCCACCACUAACCAAGCACAGUCCACCUCCACCAUUCUGCCCACAGUGGUGACUAAGCCUCAGACAGUCACAACAGCCACAGGGGAGGGGAUCAAAGUGUCCGGGGGAAUGCUGGUCCUUGAUGGGCAGGUCACAGGAAUUCCUGUGUCAGGAAAAACCAAGAUAAUCUAUAAAGCUCCAGUUGGUGUGGGUUCUCCAGGAACAUCCUCAGGGAAAACUAUUGUUAAACUGGUCACCACUCCAGACGGCAACAAGAUUAUACAGAACGUAGGACAACCGACACUACAGAAUGUAGGACAACCAGCCAUCAUCAAAGCCAUGGCAACACAGCCUGUCAGGCCAGCCACCCAAUCACAGCCAGCCAUCAUACAGGCUCCACCCACAAAUCAAGCCAUCAUCCAGUCCCCAUCCAUCAGAACCACUACCCCCGGGGCUCAGCCGCGGGGGCGUCUCCUACCUGAGCUUUCAGCAGAGUCAGGCUUCAGUGGCUUUGUUCCAAGCAGGCUUGAGGGAGCAGAAAAUCCCUCCACAGAAACUCCUCAGACUCAGAGUUCUGUGGCUGCCACCCUGGUUAAGAAUCUUAGUGCCACACCCAUACAUAGCCAAGCCCAGAAUGUGAUUCUCAGCAUGUUGCCAGGCAGUGACUUACUUUUGCCUACCCCUGUACAAAAUAUAAAUAAAUACAUUGAUGAUGAAGUGUAUGCAAGUGUAAAAGAGGAUCAGAAUAAGCAAAACGUGUCCAACACAGACUCUAUACCAAAUGAUCAAAGUGUGAUUAAUGAGGCAAUCAUUAGUACGGCCAGUGGUACUGUACCACAGAAACGGAAAUUAGAGAGCUCCGACUGUGAGGUACCACCCAAACUGUGGCAGGGAGGUGAGACAGUGAUAAACAACCAGAACAUUUCUAAUGUGAAUGAGGCAUCCACCAUUUCCAGUAUACCAGUAGCAGUUUCCUCUGAAUCUGUGGUUUCCAGUGUCCCCGUAGAUUCGUCGGUGCAGUUUGCAUCAAAUACACCAAUUGUUUCCAGUUUCCCAUCAGUGUCCAGUGUUCGCAUAGGGUCUAAUGUACAUUUAGUGUCCACUACUCCAAUUGUCUCAAGUGUGGGAGGCAACAUACAACUCUUAUCCUCUUUGCCAGUAGUUUCCAACAUACCUGCCAGUUCGAACAUUCAGAUCGUGCCUCUGGUAACCAGUGGUGCAAAUGUGACAUCACAAAACCGGCCAGUAGGGGAAUCCCCAAGUAAGAAAGGCAAUUUGUUUGACAAUUUAGAGACACUUGUGCCAGAUGCUAAAUCUGCAGCAGUGAAAAAUGGCAUUUCUGAUCAGGAUCCUCAAAGUUCAUCUCCACCCAAAGCCUCACCUCCUGUCUUUAAAUUAUCCCCUGAGGUGAUGAACAAAGUGUCCAUGUUUGCUGCAAAUCUCCACUCAAAUUCCUUGGCCAGCAAACUACAGGGGUUGACAAAAUCACCGACUGGAUCAGCUUCAGUUCAGAGCAUAAAUGUGGCCAACAUCUUGACCAAUCCAGUCACAGCAAACCUCACAACCAUGGCAACUGCAAUACCACAGGAACAACCAAUAUUAGUGCAUGAUGGGAAUUUAGAGGUCACGACCUCUUCCCAGCCAGAUGUGCUUGUUACAGGGCCCCAGUUUACAACAGAGCAGCUGGUAGAGGCAGGCUUGGUACCUAAACAAGACCACGUUUGACAGAUGCCUUAGCUAGACCAAUGUUUACUAAUCACCUAACAAAAAAAGACCAACAGACAAAGAUCAGCAGGACUGAGUGGCAGAGGAAGGGAACCAGUUUAUACAGAGUAAAGGAGCCAGAAAAGAUGAUACAUCAUGAAGAUGUUUACAUUUUUCCAUUUGUGUUGUGUGAAUUUGCGAGGGGAGGUGGAUGUUUGAGAACGUAAAAUGUUAUUUAACUAUUGUAAUGAUUGAGAUUUGCAUUGGUUUCUUUUCUUUUUUUUGUGGUCACAUUUGUACAUUUAAUGAACUAAUCUACCAUUGUUUCAUAUGGGUGAGAUAUCAAUAAUUUCUUGUUAAAAUGUAGAUGAAAUUGAAUGUGUAUAGACUGUGUUAAUAACAAGUGUUUACAUGUUUACCAAUUUGUGAUGCUCCCUGAGAGUUAUAUGUGCAACUAAUUUCUAAAUUUGUGUAUUUUUUCACCACUUAUUAAAAUCUAUUUAUUUUGACAAAUGUAGAUGCAUCUUGGGUUUUCUCAUUAUUUUUUUCAAAGAAAAUAGGAAUCUUGUCAGUGUAAUAUAUGAAUAUCCUUAAACUUUUUGGAUGAUGUUUGAAAGUUGACAUGGUCUUAUGGAAACCUAAAAAUUGAUGUUGUAACUGGUGUCCAGAAUAAAGUCAUUAUGUGUUAGGGGCAUUUAUUUUUUUAAUUCAGAAUUUCUCAUAUGAAUUUUAUGACACAUCUGAAAUUUUUUAUCAAUUGUGUGUCAACAGCAAAUAAAAAAUGUACAUCAUUUCCUUUAA